CUCGACCCACUGGAGUGGGAUGGGAGGAAAGCAUUUCUCUCUUUUUUUGGACAUUGAAGAUUGAGAGUCAUUUGGAGCUGCUCCCUCACUUUUUGUUCUCUCUCUGUCUCUCUCCCCCUCCCUCUCUCUUUCUCUGUGGCUAUUUAGGGGUCAAUGUUUGUGUCUGUUCACUUACGUAGCACUGGGGCCAGGGAAAGUUUAGAGGAAACAGGGACCUGCGGGGAGAAAAUCAGGACUUUAUCAAGAAUAAUAAGAACCAAAGCACAGACAAAAUACAUCUAAAUUAAGAAGAAGAGAACACAAGGGCUUCCUCUCCUUUUUCUGCUUGGAACCAUGUGCAUCCAUACCUCAAGUGAGUGAGUGAAGUGGGGGGGAGGGGGCACUUUUAUCACAACACCUCGACACAGGUGCUACUACCUGGGCAUUAAGGUGUGGGGAGCACCAUGAGGAAAAUCCUGUUGGGUUGGGGGCUGAUGCUGACGGCUGGGGUAAUGGGGGCUAGCGUAGUGGGUGCUAGUGGAGGAGGUGGUAGAGGGCAGAGGCGCAGAGGAGAAAAGCGCAGGGGGCUCCAUCGUGUCCAGCACGGCCACUGCAGCUACACCUUCAUCCUACCAGAGAUGGAGCGCUGUCAGGCCAGCCCGGUCCAAUACGGCAGCACCAACAUGGUUCAAAGGGACAAACCACCCCCUGCAGAGAGUGACUGGUCUGCACAGAAAUUGCAGCACCUGGAGACGGCCAUGGAGAACAACACGCAGUGGCUGCAGAAGCUAGAAAAGUAUAUCCAGGAAAACAUCAAGAUGGAGAUGGUGCAUAUUCAAGACCAUCCAGUACACAACCAGACUGCUACCAUGCUGGAAAUCGGAACUAACCUGUUGACUCAGACUGCAGAACAGACCCACAAGUUAAACGUUGUCGAGGCUAAGGUUAUGAACCAGACAUCAAGAAUUGAGAUCAAGUUGUUGGAGAACUCAUUAUCUACAAACAAACUGGAGAAGGAAUUAUUGGUACAGACUUCUAAAAUUACUAAACUGCAAGACAAGAACAGUCAUUUGGAGAACAAGGUGCAGGUGUUGGAGUCACAGCAGCGGGACGAGCUGGAGGACAUGAGGGAGGAGAAGAAUAGGCUACAAGGACUGGUGAGGACCCAGACGACAGCCAUCGAGGCUCUAGAGAGGCAGCUGAGGGUGGCCAGCACCAACAACUCAGCCCUGCAAAGGCAGCAUCAGCAGCUCAUGGAGUCGGUCCACACGCUCAUCAACAUGGUGUCUACCGGUACAGGGAUAUUGCUGAGAGACCAGAGGUUUUGUGAUUGUGCAGAAGCCUAUAAAGCAGGACACAACAUCAGUGGAGUCUACUACAUAUACAUCAGUAACAUGACAGAACCCACCCAGGUGUUUUGUGACAUGGAGACUAGUGGUGGAGGCUGGACAUUGGUCCAGCGCAGGGUCAACGGCAGUGUGGACUUCCAGAGAACAUGGAAGGAAUACAAAAUGGGUUUUGGGGACCCUGCGGGAGAGCACUGGCUUGGGAAUGAGCUGGCGUUUCAAAUGACCAGUCAGACCCAGUAUGCCCUGAGAGUGGAGCUGAGAGACUGGGAGGGGAACACACCCUACUCCCACUACGACAAGUUCCAACUGGCCAGUGAGAAACAACAAUACAGGCUGUUCCUGUGGGGCUACAGUGGAACAGCAGGAGAGCAGAGCAGCCUGGUAUCGCAUGGCACCAGCUUCAGCACCCGCGACGCCGAUAACGACAACUGCCUGUGCAAGUGUGCCCUCAUGCUGACUGGGGGUUGGUGGUUUGACGCUUGUGGCUUGUCCAACCUCAACGGCAUUUACUACACCGUGGGCCACAACAUCCGCAAGCUGAACGGCAUAAAGUGGCAUCACUUUCGGGGACCGAGUUAUUCACUUAGUUCGACAGCCAUGAUGAUCCGACCAUCCGACUUCUAAGACCGGACAGUCAUUUGGAGAGGGGAAGGGCUGUGAAUGGGAAAGGGACAGUCAUUUGGAGAGGGGAAGGGCUGUGAAUGGGAAAGGGACAGUCAUUUGGAGAGGGGAAGGGCUGUGAAUGAGAAAGGGACAGUCCGGACAGUCAUUUGGAGAGGGGAAUGGCUGUGAAUGGGAAAGGGACAGUCAUUUGGAGAGGGGAAGGGCUGUGAAUGGGAAAGGGACAGUCAUUUGGAGAGGGGAAGGGCUGUGAAUGGGAAAGGGACAGUCAUUUGGAGAGGGGAAAGGCUGUGAAUGGGAAAGGGACAGUCAUUUGGAGAGGGGAAGGGCUAUGAAUGGGAAAGGGACAUACAUUUCUUUGCCUCAUUGUCUCCAGGACAAAGGCAGGUGUAAAUUUAAGUUUUUAAUAGCAAACAAUCAAUCAGUCACUGGAUGACUGGGUGUCAUUUAGUACAUGCGAAAACAUUGGGAGUCAGCAGAAGAGACCAGACUGAUAGUCUUCGUCACUUGGCACCUUUAUGCAGUGUAGAUCUGGCCUCAGCUCUUUUUAAUA